AUGCCAGGUGUCAUUGGGAUCAUUUUUGUGAUGAUGGCAGCUGGAGAGUUUCUAGUGGGAGGCUUUGCCAAUGGCUUCAUUGGACUGGUCAACUUCAUAGAUUGGGUCAAGACUGGAAGAGUGUAUUCAAUGGAUUUAAUCCUCAUUGCCUUGGCCAUUUCCAGAUUAUUGUUACUGGGGUCAUUCACAUCUAUAAUCAUUAUAAUGAAUUUCUUUCUGGAUUUCUAUGUCUCUGGUAUUGCGAAAUACAUAGAGCCCAUCUGGAAUGUGAGCAACCAUUUAAAUGCUUGGUUUGGCACCUGCCUCAAUAUCUUCUACUUCCUGAAAAUCUCCAACUUUUCCCACCCUGCCUUCCUCUGGCUGAAGUGGAGGGCUAACAAAGUGGUCCUCAGUAUUUUUUUCAUCUGCUUUCUCAUUGCCUUGCUUGUCAAUCUUCCAUGGACACAGAAAAUGAGUGAGAUGUAUAAAAUCAACAGUGCACAUAUAAAUGAAACGAAUGGAACUCAUGAGGCACAAAUAAAUAAAGACCAACGUUCAUUCAGUCUGAUUCUCUACUACAUGGGGGGUUUUGUCCCCUUCAUUGUCUCCUUCAUCUCCUGCUUUUUGUUAGUCCUCUCCCUGUGGAGGCACACCCAGCAGAUGCAGGGGAAUGUCACACCCUCCAGAGCCUCUAGCACAGAGGUUUACAAGAAGACCAUGAAAUCCAUAGUCCUUUUCCUUUUCCUCUUUCUACUAUACCAUAUAGGAGUCAUGAUGGGAGUCCUGAGCUACAUUAUUUUUGCAAGUCAUCUGACUGCCAUGUUUUCAAUGCUAAUAUCUUCCAUCUACCCUUUGGCCCACUCUAUCAUCUUGAUCAAGAGAAAUAGCAAGCUGAGGCAGGCUUUCCUGAGGAUUCUCUGGCAGCUUAAGCACUGCCCCCAAUGUAUUUGGGAAAGUCUUCGUAGCAUAGGCUAA